AUGGCAGUCGACUCCGCCAUCCUCGCAAUCAACGCCGGUUCCUCCUCCGUCAAGUUCUCUCUCUUCUCCCGCGACGGCAAGAACCUCCUCGUCUCCGCCGACGUCAAAGGCCUUACAUCUUCUCUAACAACUCUAAAUUACACUGCUUUUUUCACAGAGGAUGGAUCAACCAUUGAGGAAAUCGAGGGACAAGAGGUUGAGGUAAAGGAUCACGAAGAUGCCUUCAAGGUGUUUGUGGGGCACUUGACAAGUGACGAUAGGGAGGAUAAGAAGGUGCUGGAGAGUGGAGAUAAGAUCGAGGUUACGUGUCACAGAAUCGUACACGGAGGAGCCUCACCAGAACCGCUGGUCAUCAACGACGAAACCUACAAGCGACUCGAUGACCUUUCGGACUUGGCACCCUUGCACAACCACCCCGCCCUCCUCAUCGUCAAAGCCUGUAUGAAAGUCUUGCCAAAAAGCAAGAAUGUCGCAUACUUCGACUCCAGUUUCCACACCACAAUCCCGGAACACAUCUUUACGUACCCCGUUGAUCCCUCCUUGGCGAAAGAGAAGAAGAUCAGGAAGUAUGGGUUCCAUGGAUUGUCGUAUUCCUUCAUCACCAAGACUGUCGCGAAACAUCUCGGGAAGAAGGUGGACGACGUGAAUAUAGUUGCGUUGCAUCUGGGUAGUGGAGCUUCUGCAUGCUGUAUAAAAGGCGGGAAGUCACUGGAUACGUCUAUGGGCCUGACACCACUCGAGGGUUUACCCGGAGGCACCAGAAGCGGGACAAUCGACCCCAGUGUUCCUUUCCAUCUCCUGUCAAACUCCUCCGAUAUGUCAUCGAAGGCCGCAAAGGAGCUACACCUGAGUAAAGCAGAGCAAAUGCUUAACAAGGAGAGUGGAUGGAAGGCACUCUGCGGCACCACCGAUUUCGGGGAGGUCACGAAGAAGGCAUUCGCCGAUCAACCAGACGAGAUGUGUAAAAUCGCCUUCGACCUGUUCGUCGAUCGCAUCAUCGGCUACAUCGGAUCAUACUACGUCAAGCUCGGCGGGAAGGUUGAUGCAUUAGUCUUCGCAGGCGGUAUCGGUGAGAAAGGCGAGAAGUUGCGAGCGGCGGUUGGGAAGUAUGUCGAGUGCCUGGGCUUCCAGAUCGAUGAAAGCAAGAAUGGGAAGGCGAAGGGGAAGGAGACGGUGGAGGCGAUCAGUGCGGAGGGCGGAGAGGGAGAGGGGAAGAAGGUGUUGGUGGUGAAGACGGAUGAGCAAGGAGAAUGUGCGCGUCAGCUCGUAGAGAAUCCUCCCAAGUUUGACUAA